GGAUGAAGCAGCGCAAGUGCAAGUAUCUGAAUCUUCUAUCACCUGGGCACCUUAUUCCUGCAGAUAGAAGCGAAUAAGGUGCACAUGUAGGCCGGCCAACUGAUGAACACUCAUGCGCCUAUAAAUACCUCCCCACCUCCUCAUCACAUCCUCAUCCAUUCUUCAAGUAAGCACUUGGCUUUAGCACACAAGAUAUACAUACACAAAAGAAGCUGAGAAGGACCAAGGAGAAGAUCAGGGGUGAUGGAGUACGGGUACCAGUACAGCAGCAGCGGCGGCAGCGCCAGCUUCGCCAAGGAGAAGAGGCCUCCGGCGAAGAGGGGCCAGGUCAAGCUGCAGAUGGCGAGGACGCUGAGCAACCUCGUGUCGCCGAGCGGCGCUGCUGCCGCCGACGGCUCGAAGCAAGCGAACCGCAACAGCUUCAGAAGGGAAACAAGCUACAACUGAAGGAAGGUAUAUAUUAGGUCGGUACGGCGUGGAGGACAAAGUGGUGUUACUACUACUAGCUAGCUGUUUUUUUUUUUCAAAGGAUUUUAGCAGGAUGACCUCUCUCGGUUUAUGGAGAACCUGCUUGAUCCACUGUACUGUAACUUAGCUCGAGUGGAAACGAAAGGAAGUUCCAUGUGGUA